AUGCAUCAAAUAAUACAAACCGCAUACAGCUGGUUUUGGUGGGAGAACAUCUGGAUGCCUGCUAACUGCACCUGGGCAGAUUUAGAAGACCACAAUGGAUACAUCUUUCCCAAACCACGACAAUUAUUUGCCACAAUCCCAUAUGCCUUUGUGAUGUUGGUGAUCAGGUUCUUUGUUGAAAGAUAUCUUGCUCUUCCUUUGGCUGACUACUUGGGCAUAAAGGAUGUGAGGCGGAUCAAACCGCAGGAUAAUCCCACCCUUGAAAAAUUUUUCCAAGAGUGCACAAAAAAGCCAUCCCAGUCAGAAACACGUAAACUAGCUAAAAAGUGUAACUGGACUGUACACCAGGUGGAAAAAUGGUUCAGGCGAAGACGCAACCUAGAAAUCCCAACUCUGCAUAAAAAAUUCAAGGAAGCUUGUUGGCGAUGUUUAUUCUACAGUACCUCAUUUAUUGCUGGAAUUAUAUUUCUCUGUGAUAAAUCCUGGUUUUAUGACCUGUGGCAAGUGUGGCUCAACUAUCCAAACCAUCCCAUGCUCCCUUCCCAGUAUUGGUACUACAUGCUCCAGAUGAGCUUCUAUUGGUCAUUGCUCUUUACUCUUGGAACCGACACUAAAAGGAAGGAUUUCAUGGCCCAUGUGGUGCAUCAUUUUGCCGCCCUUGGCUUGAUGUUCUGUUCCUAUAGUGCCAAUUACCUGCGUCUUGGAACACUGGUGAUGAUUGUCCAUGAUUCUGCAGAUAUCUGGCUGGAGGCUGCAAAGAUGUUCAACUAUGCUCGCUGGGACAAUACCUGCAGUGUUCUGUUUAUCAUUUUCGCAGUUGUGUUCUUUAUCACACGGCUCAUCCUCUUUCCAUGUUGGAUUUUACGGGCCUCGAUAUAUUAUCCUGUGUUUUAUACCCAGACACUUGUGAUCGCAUAUUUUGUAUACAAUGGGCAGCUAUUGAUCCUGCAGGGUCUUCACCUCUAUUGGGCCUACUUAGUUUUCAAGAUUCUGAAGAAGUUCAUUUUUGUGAAGGUGCUCAGGAUUCCUAUACCAGCUUGGGCUAAAAUAGACAAUGACAAGAAUGUUAAAGAUGAACGGAGUGAUGAUGAAGAAGAAGAAGAAGAUUCUCUCAGCGAUACUGAAGGGGAGUGUAUGAAGAAUGGAAUGAAGAAUGGAUUAAAUGAUCCUCUCCUAAACAAUAACAACAACAACAACAACAAUAUUAAUUAA